AGGAGAGAGGCAGCCUCCUCCCACUGACCGGGGGUGGGGGGCAGAAGAAAAAGAGGAUUUAAAGAGCGUCUUUGCCCCCUUUGUUGAAUGAGAAGGACAGAGGAGGACCGGCAAGAUGAGCACUAGCAUUCCCUAUCAGCAAAACCCCUACACGCCCGGGAGCAGCUCCACUGUCAUCCAGUGCUACCGCUGCGGGGACACCUGCAAGGGAGAGGUGGUGCGCGUCCAGAGCAAUCACUUCCACAUCCGCUGCUUCACCUGCCAAGUGUGCGGCUGCGACCUGGCCCAGUCGGGCUUCUUCUUUAAGAACCAGGAGUACAUCUGCACCCACGACUACCAGCAGCUCUAUGGGACCCGCUGCGACAGCUGUGGGGACUUCAUCACUGGAGAGGUCAUCUCUGCCCUGGGUAGGACCUACCACCCCAAGUGCUUCGUCUGUAGCACCUGCAGGAAGCCAUUCCCCAUCGGAGACAAGGUCACGUUCAGCGGGAAGGACUGUGUCUGCCAAAACUGCUCCCAUUCUCUCAUCAGCACCAAACCUAUCAAGAUCCAUGGGCCCAGCCACUGCGCAGGCUGCAAGGAGGAGAUCAAGCAAGGCCAGUCCCUCCUGGCCCUGGAGAAGCAGUGGCACGUCAGCUGCUUCAAGUGCCAAACAUGUGGGAUUAUCCUCACCGGCGAGUACAUCAGCAAGGAUGGCAUCCCGUACUGUGAGACCGACUACCAUGCCCAGUUCGGCAUCAAGUGUGAGACCUGCGACCGGUACAUCAGUGGCAGGGUCCUGGAGGCAGGAGGGAAGCACUACCACCCCACCUGUGCCAGAUGUGUCCGCUGCCACCAGAUGUUCACGGAAGGAGAGGAGAUGUACCUCACAGGCUCCGAAGUGUGGCACCCAAUCUGCAAGCAGGCGGCCAGAGCAGAGAAGAAGCUAAAGCACAGAAGGACGUCGGAAACCUCCAUCUCGCCCCCCGGUUCCAGCAUCGGCUCCCCGAACCGUGUCAUCUGCGCUAAAGUGGAUAAUGAGAUCCUUAAUUACAAAGACCUGGCAGCUCUUCCCAAGAUUAAAGCUAUCUAUGAAGUGCAGCGUCCUGACCUCAUUUCCUACGAGCCCUAUCACAGAUACACAUCGGAUGAGACGCUGGAGCGAUAUAGCUAUGGGGAGUCCCUGGGGACCCUCUCCCCGUACUCGCAGGACAUCUACGAGAGCUUUGACACACGGCAGAGGCGAGCCUCCAGCCCUGGCUACAUCGACUCCCCCACCUACAGCCGCCAGGGCAUGUCCCCCACCAUCCCGAGAUCCCCCCACCAUUUCUACCGCUCAGGCACUGAGAGUGGGCGCAGCUCCCCCUACUAUAGCCAGUUAGAUGUGAGGUCCUCCACUCCAACCUCAUACCAAGCGCCCAAGCAUUUCCACAUCCCAGCUGCCGGCGAGAGUAACAUCUACCGAAAACCCCCCAUCUAUAAGCGACACGCCACGAAAAGCAAAACCAGUGAAGACAUCGCACAGUCAUCCAAGUAUAGCCCUGCCUACUCCCCGGACCCGUACUACCACUCCGAGUCAGAGUACUGGUCCUUCCAAGGCUCCCCCAAAGCCCCCCGGGCCCGGAGGUUCUCAUCAGGAGGCGAGGAGGACGGGUACGACCGGAGCAUGCACAGGAUCCAGAGUGGCAUCGGCAGGCUGAUCCUGAGGGAGGAGAUGAAGGCUCGGUCCAACUCCUAUGCAGAUCCCUGGACACCCCCUCGCAGCUCGGCCAGCAGCAGAGAAGCCCUGCACACAGCUGGCUACGAGGGCUCCCUCAACGGCUCUCCCCGGAUGCACUACCUGGCUGACAGCGAUCCCCUCAUUUCUAAGUCAGCCUCCCUUCCUGCCUACAGGAGGAACGGGCUGCACAGGCCUCCCAGUGCCGAGCUUUUCCACUACGACAGCACAAAUGCCGUCAACUGGGGGAUGCGAGAGUACAAGAUAUACCCCUAUGAGCUGCUCCUGGUGAAGACGAGGGGGAGGAAUCAGCUGCCCAAAGAUGUGGACAGGACUCGGUUAGAGCGCCACCUCUCCCAGGAGGAGUUCUACCAGAUCUUUGGCAUGACCAUCGCUGAGUUCGACCGCCUGGCCCUGUGGAAGAGGAACGAGCUGAAGAAGCAGGCCCGGCUGUUUUAAAUGCAGUGCACUAUAAAUAUAUACAUACCUAUAAAUAUAUACAUAGAAAGAUCUCUAUAUUGCAGCUCUGUAUGAUUCUCAGUGCUGUAUGUGGCAGA